UGUCCUCACGCCAUGCCCCUGAAAGCCACCGGGGACCCGAAGCGACGAACUACAGCACGCCGCAAGGUCGCAUUGGCCUGCGACUCGUGCAGGGAGAAGAAGACCCGCUGCGACGGAAUCAAGCCCAUCUGUGGACCAUGUGUGAGACGAUCGUACCGGAUCGAUCAGUGUGUCUACAACGCGGAAAAUGCCCGGUCCGCGAGCAGGGGCGAAUAUUUCCAUAGUCUCUGUCAGCGGAUCAGAGAACUGGAAGAUGCAUGCUCAAGAGCUGGAGUCUCCAUCCAGACCUCGUCAAACCCUCAACACGAGCUGCCUAGCGAACCCAAUAGGCAAGAUGGAGUGCCAGCGGAGGGAGCCCGAUCUCCUCCAGCUGUUCUCCAUCCACGUCUAGAAGCUGUUGAGCAGAAUCCAACGCCUCUAAGCUUCGAGGUUGGUGUAGCACCGAGUCACAGACCGCCAACCACACAUAGCCAACAAGACAAAAGCCAGGACGAUGCAGAACCCUAUGAAUCACUGUUAUUCGAUGACGGCGAAGGACACAUAACGGGCAUGGGCCAGAUCACAGCGCCAGGCGCUGAAAGCAGACGCCAAUCUGCUCGGUCCCAAUUCUACGGUAAUUCAUCUGCUGCUUCGCUCAUGCGCUUUGCCUGGCAGUCCAUGUCUUCGCGGCCAGUAGGUGGUUCGCGUCCCGAACCCGUGUUCAGUAAACUUCAGGAUACAGUCACCGACUAUCGAUUUGAUGAUUUUUCUCUGCCGCCACGGGCAUUGGCAGAUAGCCUCUUAAACUGCUUUUUCAACCACAUCUAUACUCUUUAUCCAUUCUUCCACCGUCCAGCCUUUGAAGCGGCCUAUCAGAAUCUUUGGCGUGCGGAAGAUGAGCCCAAAAUCCCUCUCACAGACUUGAGAAUCGGACUGGGAUCAAGCGUGGAAUUCGGGCCUAGAUCAAUUGUCUUUCAUUCUGCACUGAAUGUUAUUUUUGCUCUAGGCUGUCAGUUUGCAGAUAUUGCGCCCGAAGAAGUCGAGCUUGUCUCGAAUUCCUUCUUCCUCCGUGCGAAGCGCUUUAUUGGACUCGAUUUUCUCGACAUAAAUACGCUUGGUGUUGUUCAAACGCUACUGAUCACGGCGGUGUUUCUUCAAAGCUCUCCGUAUCCCAGCCGAUGCUGGCAUUCCGUUGGGGUGGCCUGCAGGGUUGCGUUAGGGCUAGGACUUCACGAAUCAGAUAUUCUGACUACAUUGACGCCUUUGGAAUCUAAUAUUCGACAGCGAACUUGGCAUGGCUGCGUGAUUAUGGAUACUACCCUAAGCAUGACAUAUGGCAGGCCAAGUAUGACGACGCAUCUGGCCACUCUCCCCCCACCGAGCGACUCGGAAAUAUCCUGCCCUCAGAACGGAAAUGAAAAGUCUUCACUGAUGGCGUUUUAUACCCAGGCUAUUAAGCUUUACGGUAUCCUGGACAGAGUCCUAGCAGAUGUAUAUUAUGCUUGGCGUGGCCAGUCACGCCGGGAUCAAUCGCAUCCGUCAACUAAAAGCCUUGGGGGCCUGGACACUAUCCUUGAAAUCGAGAGGCAACUGAAAUUGUUCGAGAUCAAUGUGCCUUCUUUCCUUAAGUGGACCUCGGAACAGUCUGUGGUUUAUGCAGAUGGAGAGCCAAUCCUGGCGAUUGCUCAACAGCGGAAUGUUCUACGUGCCAGAUACAUCCAUCUCCAUCUUCUCCUCUACCGUCCUAUCUUCACUCAGCUCUACUCGGAAAGAAACUCAACAUUCCAAAACCUUGAAACUCAGAGUGCACUAUAUUCGUAUAUGUGUAGUAAAUGCGCCACCGCAUGCGUGAUGGCAGCCAUCGACCUUAUCCACCUAAUCCAUGAGACUUAUCAAACCAACGCCGCUGAUGCGUGGUGGUAUAAUGGAUUCUAUGUGUCAACUGCCGCGGUAGUCCUACUCAUGUCCUUCUCCGCCCCAUCAAUGCUUGAUCCAUUGACCAUGGACAAAGCGCGAGAAGCCUGGAGAGAAGCGACGGCUGUUUUGGAAUCCAUGGCCACAUUUAGCCGCUCCGCUAGUAACACCCUUCAAUUUCUCCAGGCUGCUUAUCGCCAAGCGGUGCAACAGACAGGCCGGGACGUCGAUACUUCGCGACCCCCAAAUGACAUGUCUCAAGCUCAUGAUCAAAUGGAUUACCUGGAUAGAGACUUGACGCAAACCCCGUUUUUCAAUUGGGAGGACUUCGCGGCUAACAUGGGGUCUGGUGUGGAUGAUUUGGGGUUCUUAACAAGGCUUGAUUUUCCUGAUAGUUUUGGCUGAGACUACUGGUUUUAAUCGAGCUAUCUCCCAAGUAAUGCAGUUGUCUAGUACAAAUCGUGAACCUCAUUUUCAUGCAUAUAAAUGAUAUU